CAGGAGCCAUUCAUUGCUCCUCCACUGUCAUCCACGCCCAUACAAUUCCCAUCGCCAGCAUCUCCGAACCGAGAACGUGUCCGCUCUUGACACGGGUGAGAUCAGCCAUCUUGGUACUAAAAGUUCGCUUGGUGAUGUAAGGUCACUGCACACAUCUCCUGCUUCUUUCACUAGACCAAUUUCGACAAUUAUCUCGAUAAAGAAUCAAGCGCAGCGGCGAAACAAGAGCUGUGCUUCUGUGAAAGGACCUUGCCGACCAACAUCACUGUCGCCUUAAAUUCACCACUCUGCCUCUACCCUCAGCCUCUUUCAUCACUCUCAACCAGAACACAACACCAACAGAACUUGGCAAGCAACACCUUCAACCUUCAACAUCAUGGGCGACCCAUCAGGGGACAUUCCGUUCCCACUACGACAUCGCAAACAUAGCACCGAGGUCCAGCGGGAUUUCGUAUCUCAAGUGCCCGAAUAUCAUCGCAAACGAUCUCUCAGUUUCGCACAACCUCAACCUGAUGGCCUGGAUAUAGGGACAAGCUUGAGCGUAGGUCAUUGCCUUCCGCCACUACCAGGUCUCUCGCACCAGAAACAGUGCGGCCUCGUCACACCAGUCCCGACCCAGGCAUCACCCCUCGUGAAGCAUAUUGCAACUAACGUAUAUGGGAAUCAGGAAUUCUGGGCUGGUAUAGCCAUCCAAGAAGAGUCCAGCACAUCAUUGAAGGUCGGCAUGGCCAUUCACGAUGGCACCUACAGCGUCGAUUUUGCCAUUCACCGUAUCUCAAUGGAAGACAAACCAGACAAUGGGACAGAUUGGGUCGCAGAUCAUCUCAUUACCGAAUUACACCAGUACAGGAAGGAUCACCUCUGCAAGCUGCUCGGUGCAGGUGUCACGCUCGAUCUCCACACUAAGGCUCCGACUUUGUGUUCGCGACUUUGGGCAGAGUUGGAUAUUGUGCCCAUUGUACUCGAAUCCACUCCACUUCUACCCAUCAAACAGGCACAUACGACCAGACGCAUCAAUGUUGAUGAACUGGCCGAUUCGGCCGCCAGAAAAUGCUUGACAUUCUUUGGGCCUACAAAGCAACCACGACUCUCAAUCAACUAUCAAAACCAAGUUGAGGUAGACUUGGCUGGUAUGAUCCAGUUGGCCACGCUUGAUGAAUACGAGAAGUCGGUCCGACCCCCGACCUGGAGAGCGGUGCAAAAGCACAUCAAAGAUGUCAAGGACCGAAACCUGCGCAUCGCUUUCUUCAGUGCCACGCCCCAGGGCGGAGGCGUCGCGCUAAUGCGCCAUGCUUUGCUGAGAUUCCUUACUCAGCAAGGUGUGGACGUCGAAUGGUUCGUCCCGAAACCAAGACCUGACGUUUUCCGCAUCACCAAGACAAAUCACAACAUCCUGCAAGGUGCUGUUCCCCCCGAGGUGCGCACCACAGAUGAAGCGCUUGGCAAAAUCAAAGAGUGGAUCAGGGACAACGCUGAACGCUUUUGGCUGUCUGAUGAAGGCGGACCACUGAGAGCACCGUCUGAAGGGGGUGCAGAUGUCAUCAUCAUCGACGACCCUCAAAUGCCCGAACUCAUUCCCAUCGCAAAGAAAGAGGCACCUGAUCGCCCGAUCAUCUUCCGAUGUCAUAUCGAAGUCCGGGAUGACUUGGUUUUGAAGGACGGUAGCGCGGCGCAGCAUGUUUGGCAGAACAUGUGGUCAAGUAUCAAGCAGGCAGAUGUCUUCCUCAGCCAUCCAGUACGCUCAUUUGUCCCGCCCGACGUCAAGAGGGAGACAUUGGGCUGGCUGCCCGCCACGACAGACUGGCUCGACGGUCUGAACAAAUCAAUGGACAACUGGGAUUUGUCGUACUACAUGCAUGUCCUGAGACAAACUUGUCAAGCACAGGGCCUCCCGCAACUUCAAUACCCGAAUCGUGGCUUCUUCACUCAGAUCGCUCGAUUCGACCCGUCCAAAGGCAUUCCCGACGUCAUCAAGAGCUACGCCAGGUUUCGAGAGCUGAUGGCCGACGAACCAAAGCGAAACGUCCAACAACUGGUGAUAUGUGGCCAUGGCUCCAUCGACGAUCCUGAUGGAAGCAUGAUUUAUGACCAAACAAUGGAUACUAUUCACGAACAUCAUCCUGACCUCGUCGACGACAUCCUGGUGAUUCGACUCGGCCCAAGUGAUCAGAUCUUGAAUGCAGUCAUGUCAUUAUGUACCGUGGCCAUGCAGCUCUCGACAAGAGAAGGCUUUGAGGUCAAGGUUUCCGAGGCGCUGCACAAAGGCAAACCCAUCAUUGCAACGCUUGCGGGCGGUAUCCCUCUUCAAGUCGAGCACGGCAAGAGCGGGUUCUUGGUCGAAAGAGGUGAUCACGAAGCUGUCGCCAAGUACCUCUACAACCUCGUCAUGGAUGGCGAUCUGUAUGACACCAUGAGCGAAUAUGCGAGAACGCAUGUCAGCGACGAAGUCCAUACCGUCGGUAACGCCCUUAGCUGGAUGUUCCUCGCGUCAUCCAUGGCAGGUGGUAAAACACUGAAACCCAAUGAGAGAUGGAUCAACGACCUGGCUCGGGAAGCCGCUGGUGAACCAUAUUUGGACGGCGAGCCAUGUCUGCCCCGGCACCUUUCAACAUGACUCGGUCGUGUUGCGGGCGGUUUUCGAGGGGAGGCGUCAGGGGCGGAUGGAAAGACCGAGACGACAAAAAUUGCCAGCACACUUCCUUUUGUCGACAAUUAGAGAGAAGAGAUAGAGUGGACAUCUAACCAAUACUCGGGAAAGAAGGAAUAAGACUGCCAAAGAGGCCUGUAAGAGACAUCCCCGGGACCAUACUUGGUUGUCAAUGGUUUGAAAUUUGGUAGAUUAAGGGCAAACGGCUAGGAGACAAGGCUGAGACCACGUUAGAAGGGCAGCCUUGUGUCUGCGUCACCAGGAUCUUGAGGAAGUCCGGCAGCGACCGUGACAUGCAGUCCCCCACUCCGGAUUUUCAUAAGACGGAACACAGACACCGAAUACCUUACUCCCAACAACGAGCUGCUGCAUGACCCGACGCUGAACACACGUCUCUUUCGAUCGGUGGACAUAUGGAGAUCUUUGUACAGUACGUGUAUGAUGGCGGGAGAGAUUCUCGCUUAUGCUCGCUUUUCUCUUGACUGCAAGGGCAUUGACCAAUAACGGGUCUCUUAUCGACAACGUGACCCCCCAGACCUCGAUUGAGGCCGCCGCCGCCAUCAC